UUGGAUCAAGGUGUAGAUCAUGUCUCUGGUGUAACUGCGGCUUGAAAAGUAACCGAGGUCGGGUAGAGACCGAGAGAGUGUACGGUGGGGAAAAUGUCCGGAAGUAAAGCAGCGCGCGCAGCUUUGAGUGUCCUUGCUAGCUAGAUUAGCUGUCACCAAUUUAUUCACAAAACAUGUCAGCCUUUUUUUUUUUUUUUUUUCUCUCCCCCCCCUUUCUGUUUGACUAUUUUCAACUAAUAAAAUCACAGCGCUACCUUGCAUUGCUUAUUUAUUUGUUUCUUUUACUACUCUUAAGAUUCCUUUCGAUAAAAAAAAAAAAUCCGCUUGAUAUGUUGAAUGUAUUUAACUUGGACGUUGACAGUACGUUAGCUUCGUAGCUAACUAGCUUUCUUGUGUGUAUGUGAGUGUGAGUGAAUCAUUUUGAAUUAACCUGAAGUUAAAACUUCACAUAACUGCCUGGUUUUAUUUCUAAUUUCACAAUAGUUUUUUUUAUGAGGAAAAAGGAGCUGGAACUGAAGGAGAGAGAGAGAGAGAGAGAGAAUCAAUAAGGCUGUUCAAGCACAAAAGAGGUUUGAACAGAGUGGUACUGAAUCUUCACCAAACACUGUUCGGUGGUUCUUUCGGAGAACCUCGACAUUGACGUGCGGAGAGGUUGUGACGUUCAAAAUGAACUAAAGGAACAAAUGAAUUAAGGAAUAAAACGCACAAACGGAGAGAAAAGUAAUCAACGAUGGUGUGAUGUGAUAAAGCGGGGUCACUGUUACCACCCCUGAGGUGUUUCUUUUCAGCACAAGGUGUUUUAUUCCUUUUACACCACAGCGGCUUGUCAUCCAAUACAAUUUCUCACUUAUUAAAGCGGGACGUUGGUGUACCGUUGAUCUGUUUGUAGCUACGUAUGUUCGUGUUAAAAGCUCUCUCCCCCUAGCCUAGCUAUAUCACGUUAUAGCAGCUAUAAACAGUCGGUCCUCGUCAAACUCUUUAUUUUCUCUUUUCAAUGAAACAAAACAGUUUGUCCUGUCAUGGAAGAACCGAUAAAGGGUGAACUCGUCUGUCUAGAAAACGGCAGGUCAUGGCUUUACCUCAGACUGUUACAAAGCGCUGACACUGGAGACUCCUUCUGUAACGUGUUCAUGUAAACGUCACCGUAUUACGGAAGCCCGUUUCCACCAAGUCGCGAGACACUUUGUUGGGCUUUACAUCUAUCAAUUCUAAAAGCAAAAACAAAACCCAAAAAAAUGAUUUUUCUCGCAAUUUCGAGUUAACGUCUCACGAUUCUGACAUUCUCCGAAUUGCUAGUUUAAAUCUCACAAUUCUGACUUUUUUAUUCUCGCAAUUACGAGUUUACAUGUCACAACUGCGAGUUCAUGUGGCACAGUUUUUUAUUAUUUUUUUUGCUCUCAUAUUUUAGAUGUUCACUUGACUUUUAGUAAGUUGGAAAGAAUGCACAGACAAAGCAUCAAUCAUUCUAUAUAAAUAGGCUAUAUAAGAACAACACUCAUCAGCUAGGCAAAACAAGGACAGUUAGAUGCUGGCACUCGAUUAUGUACUCGUAAUUGUGAGAAAAAAAUUCAAAAUCUUGAGGGAAAAUUCUGCAAUAUAAAGUUGUAAUUCCCUUUUUUUUAAACAAAAAUAAAAAUUCCCUCCAUGGUGGAAAUGGGCUUUCUGUACAAUAUCGCCCAUUAGACAAUUAAAAAAAAAGUUUUCUCUCAAAACGAUAACCCAUUAGAACUACCUUGUUUUGUGCCUGUUCCACAACAUUAAGCGAAAACGUUCUUUAAUAAAUAAAAAUUGCAAUCGCUGACAAAAUGCUGUGGUGUAAGAGGAAAAAAACACUUUGGGACAUACUCUCAUUUUGGACCACCCUCUUCGUUUAUUAUUUUCCUGUAACGGCGCACUCGGUUGUAGUUUUAUUCUUUACCUAAUAGAUAUUUGAAAGAAAUGCAUGCUUUGGGCUGCGGAGGUCCAGAUAUUACGACUACAAGGAUCUAAAAGGGUCCAGAAGGACAUUUGUGGAAUGCACAAACCUUCGUGUUGAUAUUUUGGUUUCUUUCACUAUUAAUAUUUUCUCUGACCGUUUCCGUCGCUUGGGAAAAUGAAACAGAGGUUAGAAAUGAGAAAUAUCUUGCUGCGAUUAUGUACGCCAAAAAAACCCCCAACAACAAAUUCAGAGCAAGUAUGCACGUUUGGAGAUUGGGGUCACGUGAUGGCGUAUUCAGAAACCAGCCGCUACCUAUUGUAAGGUAACUUACAUUUCUGCAGGUAUGAUCUAUCAAUCGUAUUCAUCUCAGUAAGGGUUCAGCAAUCUGCAGACGAGUUAAAUUCGGAGCGUUAAAAGCACUCGAGGCCCGAGCUCGUCUCCGGUUUCCACAUUAGACCUGCAUUAGACCACACUGUCCUUUAGGUUAAUGGGAGUACACUUGAUACGUAAGCAUUUGUCUAAUAGAAUAACCAUAUUACAUGCAUACUUGUACCACAGUGCUGUUGAAUUCUGGAUUCCGAUUGGUCGGCAGUUGUCGAAUCGUUUUCUGUAACAGUUGUGCAGCUGCAAAUCACGGGGUUUAUAUUGCAUUCUAAUACGUUACCGUUUGUAUAGUAACUACUAACACUGGGACGUUUAUGGAGGACGCUCAACGUAACCUAAGGCUAAUAAUAAACAUCAUGUUGUCAAUAUGGCGAAGUUCGCUGUGAGGAGAGUGUCCAGUGUCAGCGCUUUGAGAGUCGUAGGAAAGACUUCAGGACAUCUGUCUUGUUAACGUCGAGAGCAAAAGAGAGGCUGGCAAGGGAAUCGCUGUGUAUAGCUGCGGUAAUAUAACCGAGGACAAGAACUAAGUGAAAUAUUGCAGCUGUAAAUGGAUAAAAAAAAGUACAAUUUGUUGUACCAAAAUUGCAAAUUGCUGUGGUGUACGAGAAAUAAAAAACGCUUCAGGACGUAGAGGAAAAUAAUCAACUUUGGGACAGUGACAGCAAGUCCACUUCUUCCCACCGCCCUGUCAUUUUCCUAUAACAUUACGUCCUGAAGAGUUUCUAUUUUAUUUUAUUCUAUGGUUACUCGGCUCACGUUAACUUCUCUAACUCUAAUUCUCGUUUAGAUAAAUAAUGCCGUAGCAGCGCUCUCACUCGGAGAGUGAGAACAUGUUAAACAUGUUAUUUAUUUAAAUGAAUAGGAAAUUCUAGUUACCCACCUUUAGUGCGUUUUCACAUUUGGGAUGAAUACUCGUGUCUCCACUCGACAGAGGACCUGCACUGUAUGGCCAAAACUCACUCGUACGUGCUUGUUGAGCAUCCCGUUCCAGAUUUAGUCUUGCUUUUCUUGUAUAGUAAGCGCCACUCUUCUGGGAAGGCUUUCCACUAGAUUUUAGAGCACGGAUGUGGGGAUUUGCCCAUUCAGCCAUAAGAACAGUAGUGAGGUUAGGCAUUGAUCUUGGGUGUUCAGUCGGGUUGAGGUCAGGGCUCUGUUCAGGACACUCGAGUUCUUCCACAUUCUUCUAAACUUAACACACCAUGCCUUCAUGGAGCACGCUUUGUGCAUGGGUGCAUUGUCGUGCUGGAACAGGGUUUAGGCUUCUUAGUUCCAGGGAACUGAAACUGUAAUGCUACAGCAUACAGAGACAUCCUAUACAAUUGUGUGCUUCCACCUUUGUGGCAACAGUUUGGGGAAGAACUGAGUAUGAGUGUAAUGAGCAGGUGUCCACACACUUUUGGUCAUAUUGUGUAUUCUGGGCUCAUUUGGUGAGAGGAGAUUAGAGUCAUCCAAGUCUCCUCUGCUGAUCAAACCCCAGCCCUUUUCCCACCAUCAGGAAAUAACAAGUCACGUUACUUAAGAGUUUCUAUACCCAAUGCGGCUCGCACGGUCUGGUCAAAGCGAGCCCCAGCACCGAUCGGUUCUCUGGACCACUUCCAGCCUAAAAAAAACAACAAAAAAAAACCCAGCUACAUUUCCUCAAAUGUACUGUAUUUUCAGAGUGAAUAGCUCCAAGUCCGGAAGAAAGCGCAAGUGUGAAGACGCAAAAAAACAAAGGAGAUGAAUUGGCGUUUAUAGUUUUAUAUUUUAUUUAUUGAUAGAAUUUUUUUCUCCGCAAAACUGUUCAGCAUUUAUUUUACCAGACCAAAACGCAGGGUCCCACUCAUCAAGCCCUGUGGUGCAAGAGGAAUAAAACACAGCGAAACAAACUAAUAUUAUUGGACAAUAGUUAACUUUGCACCCCCUAGCGGCUGGACGGAGUAUUACUUUGAAUGUGCACUGCAGUCAGGACGCCUAAUUUAUCUUUAUUUAUUUUUAUUUCUUUAUUAUGACAUCAGCGUGAUAGCAGAAAAAACUAAUACAAACAUACAAAUUUAUAUUUUGUGUAUAUAUACUUAUAUAUAUAUGUAUAUAAUAUAUAUUUCUUUCCGCCUUAACGAACGAUUUAAAAAAAAAAAUCACGACGCUUAUAGUCACGUGUGGGAGUCGCUAGGGGUGACGUCACCGCCGAGCUCAGCGCGAGACCCGCCUUAGAAACAAGCAAAAAAAAAAAGAAAAAAAAGCCUAGGUUGUCGUCUGUUAUUAUUGUUAUUAUUAUUAUCAUCAUCAUCGUUGUUGUUGUUUUAUUAUCAUCGCAUUUUUCCCGAGAACGGUUCUAGAUAUUUUUCUCCCAGACCCAAAUGCCAGGUCCCACUCAAGCACUGUCCCCGAACGGAGAGAAUAAUAACGACAUCAUUCAGGACAAUGGAACCAACAUCAUCCCUUACAGAAAGAAUACAGUGCGAGGAGAGCGCGCGUACAGCUGGGGCAUGGCGGUCAACGUGUAUUCUACCUCAAUCACCCAGGAGACUAUGAGCAGGCAUGACAUCACCGCCUGGGUCAAUGAUCUGCUCAGCCUAAACUACACGAAAGUGGAGCAGCUCUCUUCAGGUGCUGCUUACUGCCAGUUCAUGGAUAUGCUAUUCCCUGGCUGCAUCAGUCUUAAGAAGGUCAAGUUCCAGGCCAAGCUGGAGCAUGAGUACAUUCACAACUUUAAACUUCUUCAGGCCUCCUUCAAGAGGAUGAACGUGGACAAGAUAAUUCCAGUAGAGAAGCUCGUCAAGGGUCGAUUUCAGGAUAACCUGGAUUUCAUCCAGUGGUUCAAAAAGUUCUUCGACGCCAACUAUGACGGUAAGGAGUACGACCCCUUGGAGGCGCGACAGGGCCAGGACGCCAUUCCUCCUCCAGACCCCGGAGAGCAGAUCUUCAACCUGCCUAAGAAGUCAUCCCAUGCAGCCAGCUCCCCUACGGCAGGGGCUACUAGAUCAUCGAGUUCGACCCCCAAAUCCUCCACGUCAACCUCGCGACCCUCUUCUGCCAAAAAGGGCCCCGUAACGACAGCAGCGACCCCGGCCAAGGGCGAGAAGGAGCUGGAGGCUCAAGUAGCACAGCUUAACGAACAGCUGAACACGUUCAAGCUGGCGCUGGAGGGUGCGGAGAAGGAGCGGGACUACUACUUCGGGAAGCUGCGGGAGGUGGAGCUGCUAUGCCAGGAGCAGGGCCAGGAUAAUGGACCCUUCGUGGAAAAAAUUAUGGAAGUGCUGUACUCCACAGAUGAACAGGAGGCCGGAGGAGAAGGAGAACACGAGGCUCUGGCACAGGAAGCGGAAGUCCCUGACGACACACAGGAUGAAUAUUGAACACCAUCGAUACACACACACACACACACACACACACAUGCUCCUUUGCCGUUCGUGAGUUUUGAACUUUAUUUUAAGAUGGCACAAGAGGGAAAAGUCCAAAAGCCACUUUUAAUUGCUUUUGUUUGUUUUUUUGUUGUUUUUUUUUUUUAUAUAUCUAUUUUUUUUGGUAUUUUGUGAAACGAAAAAUGAAAUCUCGUUCCUGUACACGCCUUCCAUGUUUUAAAAAAAAAAAAAAGGAAAAGAAAAGAAAAACUGUGCACACUUUUACCACAAAGUUGUUUUCGUGAUUAUCAUUUUAACGUUAUGAAGGAUAAAAAACGGUUUUAUUCUCAGCUGCAGUUUCGUGUUAUAAUCUCUGUAUCUCUGGACUUCUGUAGCGACGCACACGUGACUCGCUACGUCGCUUACCUGUGUUCGCCAUCGGGCUCUUAGCAGCAGUUUGACAGACCGACAGUUGUAGGUGUUUAAAAAACAAACAAACAACAGAAACAAAUCAAAAACGGCAAAAAUAAAGUGCGAGUCUAUGCAUUCCUUCCUUCAUGCUGUGCUAGAAAUCACAUCCACCGCUUUAACUCCCGAGCUAACUCCCAACUCGUCGAAAUGUACUUAUUAAUCCGUUAAUACAUCCUUGUGCUAGCACUAUCUCGCUCGGCUGUGAGAUUAAAGACGCCGGUUAACGUCUUGACAUUAAGCCGAGUAAUCGGCAGCCGGUUGCACCGGUAGCUCUGUUGCAACCCUAGUUCAGCGGAAAUGUUCACUACGUUUAAGUUUACACACUACGGGAAACGAAAAUCACCGGUUGCACCAAGUAGCGUCGUUUUAACGGCUCUGAUGAUGUUCUGUAAUUCUUUAACGAUUUGUUCGAGGGAAGUAUUUCCCCCAUGCCGAUUAUCGUGACGACGGACAGAAACGUAGCGCUGCAAGCUAACAGAGGCGACAGGAGAUUUAUCGUGAACUCGCGUCGCUGCGAUUUGAGCGAAGUUUGAAUUCGACUCGAACGACUACGCCACAGUAAAGCGAUUAAAAAAUCUGCACGCUUCCUCGGACCAAUCGCGCGUCCCCUGCGACUGCCGUCGUGGUUGUAUUAUUCGACGCGUUUCGAGACGUGUGCGUCGCUAGUACGGCUUUGCUAGCUUUGCUAGUCGAAUCCAAAACCGAGCACGCAACACGUCAAAUCAAACUCGAAUACAAUAUGAACGUAUUUUUGAACGUAAUCGGUUGGCUGGGCUUUUUAGCUAACCAAACAAAAUGGCAGAUAGGCCACGCCCACAAGUCACAAGCGAUACUAGGGACUUAUCGCUAUCUAGUGUGAACUGGUGCAACCGGCUGCAGGAACAAAAUCUGCAGUAAAUAAAAUAUUUACAAUCAUCCCAUCCUCGCUUGUUUUUCUUUUUUCUUUUUCUUUUUUUUUUUCUCUUCUUUUUUUUGCGUCCAAAUAUCUGAAUCAGUCCGAAUCGUUUUCUACAGCACACGAGCAGCUUUGAGUCUCAGUCCGUUCUCGCUCUUGGAUAGACAAUUUCAGCGUAUUUGUUUCGCGUGAUCCUCGUGUCUCUUCGUUUCGUCGAUUAUUUUAACCAGCCUGAAACGUUCUGAGUGGGGGGAAAAGCAAACAAACAAACAACUAAAAUGGAUAAAGAAAUAAACCGUGUAUAUGGGAGAUAUUUUAAUAUAAUUUUAAAGUCCAGGUUUUAGCAGGAGGACGUAGCGGUAACUCUCGGUCAGAAACGCAGUGUUUCCAGUCAGUGCAUCGUAUACUGUCUCAUGAUGAUGAUGUUUUAUUUGGUUCCACUACCGAACUCCACGCCUCGUUUAUUAUCGUGUACAACGAAGAGGAAUGUAAUGUACUGUUAAUAAGUAUAAAUAGAAAAUGUCCUUUUGUUUUGUUUUGUUAAUUCGCGCUCUCUCUCUCUCUCUCUCUCUCUCUCUCUCUCGCUCUCUCUCGCUCUCUCUCUCUCUCUCUCUCUCUCUGUAUCCCUCAUUAUGCAUUCCCCAAGAAACUGUUGCAUGUUUUCAUUUUAUUUGUGAAUAACUUAACCUGCUUUUUACAUAUUUAAUAUAAAACAAAAAAAUGUUAUGUGUUUGUUUUUUGUUUUGUUUGUUUGUUCGUUUUUUUUUUUUUUUUUGUAUGUUUAACCUGCUAUUUUAAAUCUCCAGAGAGAUUUAAAUUUGCCGUAAUAAAAAUCCGUCACUUUGAAAAGGA